AUGACUAAAAGAAUUACUUCUUGGACAGCUAAAACCCUUUCCUAUGCAGGCAGAGUGCACCUAGUUCAGAGUGUGCUAUUUGAGGUGCAGGCAUUCUGGGCACAGAUAUUUAUCCUACCAGCUAAGGUAAUUAAAGUAGUAGAGGGAAUAUGUAGAUCAUAUGUUUGGUCUGGGACAAAUGCGAUUACAAAAAGGGCACUGAUAGCAUGGGAUAAAGUAUGCUUACCAAGGGCAGGUGGUGGACUCAACAUAAUCAACUUGAAGCUGUGGAACAAGGCAGCUAUUGCAAAGACAUGUUGGGAUUUAGCACACAAGCAGGACAAGCUAUGGAUCAGAUGGAUACAUGCUUAUUAUGUCAAGAAUCAGCAACUGAAGACAAUGCAAGUUCCUCAACAAGCAUGCUGGAUGGUAAGGAAAGUGAUUGAGUCAUACAGUAUACUUGAAGAGGUGCAGUUCUCACAGAAUCAGAAGAAGAGCAUGAUUAGACAAAUAUACCUGCACCUACUGGGAGAUUACAGAAGAAUGGAAUGGAAGACAAUGGUGUUCCAAAAUGCAGCAAGGCCAAAAGCAAAAUUCAUCAUGUGGCUAAUGAUACAGGAAAGAUUAAUGACUUGUGACAGGUUAAUUAGCUGGAAGGUCAAUGUAGAACCUGAGUGUGUGAUGUGUAAAAAAGAAAAGGAAACAAGAGAUCACCUUUUCUGGCAUUGUGAUUAUGCAACCCAAGUGUGGAACAGAAUGUGCAGAUGGCUUGGAAGACAGAAAUUGGGAAAUGGAAACUGGCAGCGGUUUCUUCAAUGGUCCAUAAAUCAAGCAAAAGGGAAGUCUGCUUAUGCGAUGAUAUUCAGAAUGAUGUAUGCAGAAGUUGUUUAUCAUAUAUGGCUUGAAAGAAACAGAAGAAUAUUUGAGGAGAAGAGCAGAAACGAGGAGCAAAUUUCAAAAGAUAUAACAUAUAUAGUUAGUGCUAGAGUCACUCCUAGGAACAAACAUUAUGUGUAUAGUUUAUGUUUCUAG